UAUAUGUUUCUCUCUCUGUGAAAGCAAAUUAUAAUUAAGUGCAGAUCGAUCCAGGGUUGGAAUCAAUGGCUUGCCAGAGUGCAGUUGGUGUGCCUUAUAAUAAUAAUAAUAAUAAUAUUAAUAUUAAUGAAGAGAGCGCCUUGCAAAAGCAUGUUGCCUUCUUCGAUCGCAAUCAUGAUGGAGUUAUUUAUCCAUGGGAAACAUUCCAAGGAUUCAGAGCGAUUGGGUCCGGCAUUCUUUUAUCCUUUUUCGCUUCUAUUUUCAUCCAUCUUUUCCUCAGCCAGAAAACCCGUCCUGGGAAGUUUCCAUCACUUUUAUUUCCGAUAGAGAUAAAUAAUAUCCACAGAGGGAAGCAUGGGAGUGACAGCGGUGCAUAUGACAGUGAAGGAAGGUUUGUGGAAGCCAAGUUUGAAGAGAUAUUUGAAAAGUAUGGGCAAACACAUGGAGAUGCCCUAACAUACCAAGAAUUGAAGGCAAUGGUCAAGGGGAUCAGGAUACCCAAGAAUUAUGGUGGAUGGGUUGGAGCGUUUGUAGAAUGGAAUAUAUUGUACAUAUUGUUCAAAGACGAAAAUGGUUUGUUGCAGAAACCCACUGUUAGGGCUGCUUUUGAUGGAACACUCUUCCACCAGAAGCAGAAACAGUUAGACAUGAUGGAGAUGAUCAACAAGGCCAACCAAUAAUAUAUUACUAAUUAAUUAUUAACAACACAUCGAUCGCUUUACUUACGUACUAAUUUCUUUCAUAAUUUCAUUUUAUAUAUAAUAUACAUGUCUUCUAUGCAUGAUGUACGUUCCUUUUAUAAAGA